AUGUUCAUGAGUAUGUUCCAAGAUGAUGAGCGUGGCGAGUCGGCCAACGGAUCACUCCAGCCGGCUGCCACGUCAGCAAAUACACCAGGUCAGCAGACCAGCCGGGCUGCCUCGCAAUCAGCAGCAGCACAGGCCGUUGAUCGAACCCGAUCCAACGGCUCCACAGCAGCGGCAGAAGCACAACCAAGCACCGCCACAGGUGGCAAGGGCAAGCGGGUAGCUGACAGUGUGAAGGCGCCGCAGAGGGAGAGUAGAUCCAUGGUGGGGAAUGGGAGUGUGGUGCGGAGUGGGAGGAGAGAAGGAAGGGAGGUGCAACAACAGGAGGAGGGAGAGGAAGAAGGGGAGGAUGAGGAGGAAGAGGAGGAGGAGGACGGGGAGGAGGAGGAAGAGGAGGAGGAGGGGGAGGAUGGGGAAGAGGGGGAAGAGGAAGACGAGGAGGAGGAAGAGGAGGAGGAAGAGGAAGAAGUGGAGGAGGAAGAAGAGGAAGAGGAGGAGGAAGAGGAGGAGGAAGAGGAGGAGGAGGGUGGGGGUGUGAGUGGUCCGGAAGUGAUAGUGUUUCAGGAGGGGAGCAACCUCAAGAAGAAAGCAACACGUGUCAAGCUCCUAUUGGGCGGCCAGAUCAGCAGCAGAAAGGAGAGAAAGCUCUUCAUGUCGUCCAAGGUUGCCAACAUUUUCAAGGACCCAAAUGCACCUGUUGAAGAACCAGAGGGGUGGCGGCGGAGGAGAGGAAAGGGGAGAGCGGUGAAGAAGGAGGAGGAGGACGAGGAGGAGAAGGAGACGCGGCUGCACAUGGAGGAGUACAUUGCGAUUGCGAGGGAGACAGAGCGGUUGGGAGUGUCAACGAUGGAGUGGAACCAGCGCAAGCAGUGGGAGACGAACCACAUCGUGCGACAUCUUGGUGUGAAGCCGCCCAAGCGCAUGAGCAUGAACAUUGCAGCCACGGAUGGGUAUCGGUCGGUGCAGCGGAAGAAACGGCUGCGUGAACUUGAGGAGGAAGUUGCCUCUGGAAUGAUUCAAGUAAAGGGAGCAAACCCGCGCGACAAGAAGAGCAAGCACAGGCGGCUGGGCCAGGGCACCCUCGCCCGGCUGCUAGCCGAAGAGGAAGAGGCCAAAGAAGGCCGCCCGAGAAAGGCGCGAGUUGACUGGCGGGCGGAGGAGCGAGGUCUUAAAGCCUCGGAUGGGGAUUACCAAGGUGGGGUGUUGCAUGUUGAUCCGAGGAAGUGGAAGAUUGGAGGGGAUGGGGGAGGAAGGAAGGGCGGAGGGGUGAUUGGGGAUAAGGAUUUGUCAGGGUUUGGCGGCGGGGGGAGAAGGAGAGGGGGUGGUGGAGGGGGGAAGGGGAAAAAGAGGGGUUCGGGAGGGAAAGGGAGAGGUAAGGGGAAGAGGUCGAGAGGAAGAAGAUAG